UUAUCGAUAGGUUUCCCCAGGAAAAUUAAUUUUAAUUGAAAAGCAAAAGUCAUUGGAAGUCUCGAGAGCUCUUUUCUUGGAAUGAAAAAAGAAGCAGAUAAGAUGUACGGCAAUAGAAGGUCAUUCGAUGAUCCAAAAUCGUUUUUGACAUUGGAUGAGUACUUCAACCAGUAUGUGAAGCCAUCGCCCUGUGUCCAUCGGCGUCGUUAUGUGCCGUACUCCUCACGGUCGGAGCACUUCAGGCGAAUGCACUACUUCGGCCCCGCCUAUCGAAAGAAGCUGUCCACCAAGACGGAGUUGAUCAACCAGCGCUCGGAGCACCUGAGCAGCCAGAUCCGCGACAUCUGCCAUGUACUGGAGUCCAAGAUCCUGAUAAAUGGGGCCGAGAAACGUCUGGAGCAGCUAAUAAAACGGAUGCCCAAGCCAUCGCCACCCUCACAAAACAAGAAUGCCCAGGAUGCCCGGGCCAAAGAUGCACAGAAGCCUGUGCAUCCGCAACAGGAUUCCCCGGACACCCAACCCCUUGUCGUCACCAUCGGCGACGAGGUGAUCUACGACGAGACCUACAAGCUGGACCCCAUCUGGAUGCCCAAUUAAGAUGGAUACUCCGAUUCUCCAGGCAUUAUGACACAACCUGCAGAAGCAGAGAAACCACCUUGUCGGCAUAAAUAAAUAAAUAAAUAUCCCAUAUUGCCAA